CUCACCCCCCACCCUCUCUGACAGUUUGAUCCCUCCCGCGCCAAACUGAAGCCCGGUCUGGACGAUGGCAAAGCAAAACUUCCCAAAACCUCUCACAGUCGUCUCAGACUCGCUGAACUGUUGAUAUCUUUGCCUGAUAGUUUGGGCUCCAUGUGCCCAUGCAGGUUUGGAGAUACACUCGCAGCGCACUUCAUCAGGAACACCUGUACACCUGCUUGUUCAUGCCAUCAUCCAAUCAGUCAAUCAUGUAGGCAGCACCUGCAGAUACAGCUCAGGAGAUUCGGUUGAUGGUCACAUCAAACAAAAGGUCCGGCGAGCGGGGGCUCCGCAGACGGAAACGCCUCGUUGGUGAGAGAGGCCAGAGGAGAAAGGCCAGACUGGUUGGAGCAGAUUCAGUCCACACCUACAUUUUCCAGGGAUCACUUAUUAUAUCAUCAUCAUUAUUAUAAAUAAAGUUGCCGCUGCUGGGACUCUCAAAUGCAUCACAUCCUGCGCACUGGAAGAGUUUUACUGGGAAACACCUACCAGACGGCCUGGCGCAAGUGUUGCUCGAGCUUUGCCGAGAUGAUGCAGGCGGUGUGUGUCGACGUACCGGGAGGACCAGAGAAUCUGCUGCUGCGGACUGUCCCCAGACCUCAACCCAAAGACGGAGAAGUCCUGAUUAAGGUUCAUGCGACCGCCCUCAACAGGGCAGACUUAUUACAGAGGCGAGGGCUGUACCCGCCUCCCCCAGGUGAGAGUGACAUCAUAGGCCUGGAGGUGGCUGGGACUGUGGAUGCUCUGGGCCCCGGGGUGAGGAGAGGCUGGAAGACAGCGGACAGGGUCAUGGCCUUGCUCUGUGGAGGAGGGUAUGCAGAAUACGUCGCGGUGCCUGAGGAGCUUCUCAUGCCUGCUCCCCCGAAUCUCACACUCUGCCAGGCCGCUGCCAUCCCAGAGGCCUGGCUCACCGCUUUUCAGCUGCUGGAUCUCAUAGCUCAGGUGAAGGAAGGUGAGGUGGUGCUGGCUCAUGCUGGAGCCAGCGGAGUAGGAACAGCUGCUGUUCAGCUGGUUCGCCUGUUUGGUGCCGUGCCCAUCGUUACCGCGGGGAGCCCAGAGAAGCUAAAGAUGGCUGAGGGACUGGGAGCGGCAGCUGGCUUUAACUACAAAGAGGAAAGCUUCGCGCAGGGAGUUCAUGACUUUACAGGAGGCAAGGGAGCGGACGUCAUACUGGACUGCAUCGGUGGGCGUAACUGGGAGCAAAAUGUGAGCUGCUUAGCCACUGAUGGCAGGUGGGUGCUGUACGGCACCAUGGGGGGCAGGGCAGUCGAGGGAGAUCUCCUGGGCAGACUGCUCUCCAAGCGAGGACACUUGCUCAGCAGCCUCCUGCGCUCUCGCAGCCUUCGGUACAAAGCGGACCUGAUCAGCGCUUUUUCACACAGAGUGUUACCGCAUUUCUCAGACCAGGCUGCCUCCUUGAGGCCAGUGAUUGACAGCACAUUCAACCUGGAGGACAUCGCAGAGGCUCAUAGGCACAUGGAGGCCAACAAAAACACGGGGAAGAUUGUCAUUAAUGUGAUUCCUCAGAAGCAGGAAACUCAGUGAUGACCAGCUGCAGCGACAUUAACAGAAAUGUAAUGGCUCUGAAAUGCGCUAUUGAUUUAUGUCAAGGAAUCUGACAACACAGUGUUACUUGAAAUCGGUUUGUUUCACACAAAUGUCGAUCAUGAUUUUAAAAUAUGCAACCAUCCACCAAGAAAAUAGUCCAAAGGUGAUAUUUUGUUACAGUGAGGUUUCUGUAGUGCCAUAAUAGUGAUAACUGAUUCAGUAUUACCCACUUCUGUGGCCUCCUGCCACAGCAGAUCCACAUAAGGACUAACGGGGGUUACUAAGUACAGACUUAGUAGGGUGCCUCAACCUUUGCACAAUUAAUGUUUUUUUAAUUGUUUUUUCUUUUUUUAUUAUGAAAUAAAAAUUAAC